UAUUGUGACUGUGACAAUUGUAAAUUUUGUGUUAUUGGCUUAUUGCUUUUGCUUAUUGUAAAUUGUAAUAUUAUUUCCGUGUCGAGUACCGUUACUAAAUUGUCCUUUCGCAAUCAUUUUUUAAAACAAUAAAAUCCAUUUUCGACAGUCAAUGUCAGUGUUAUUGCUGUGAUUUUACCAAUAACGUCAUCAAUUAGCGUUUAAACAAUGGUCGGACGCACAGCUAAGAGGUCAUCGGACGACUGUGUUUUUGCUGAUACCAAAAAAAAGAAAAUUUCCAAAGAAAUAAAAGAGUCUGUUGCGCCAGUGUCCAAUGAAAAAUCGUCCACUCUCUGCGACGGGGACUUAAGGCAGAAAARGGCAUUUUUUGCAUAUUUCGGUAAAAAAUUUACUGACAACAAAAACAGCACUGUCGACUGCAAUAAUGGCAAAUCGAAAACCAUUGAUUCCAACAACAGUGUGACAAAACAGAAUGUCAACACCAAAACUAGUUGUAGCGAUAGUUCAAAAACUCUGGUAGUUGAUACCUCAAAAAAAAAAGACGUUCUGCUGCCUUCUAACACUGCUUGUAUCACUAAGAUUAAUGCCAAUUUGCCUUAUAUUAGUAGUUUUGUCGAAGAAUUAGGAUAUUUUCCUAAAGUCACACACACUAACCAUUUAACAUCUUUGGAGUCAUCAGAUCUUAUACUCCAUUUGAAGGAAGAAGUAUUUCAUGAAAAUUUUAUAAAAAAUUCUAUUAUUAAAUUUCAAACUGGUCACUCUCCACCUAAACGUCUAGUGUUAGAACCCUACCAAAUGGAAAUUAAUUUUCCAUACAUGAUUUCAUCUUUAAAAACGUCUGUUCCAAAUUUUCCAGUUUCAGAUUUUCAUAAAAAUUUGAAAAAAAAGCAUUUAGUGGCAAAGAAAUCUACAACAGAUAUUGAAUCUAUGUGGAUUGAUAAAUAUAAGCCAAUGUGUAAAGAAGAGGUGCUUGGUAAUGGUAAACUUGUUAAAGAUUUAAAGAAUUGGUUAGCACCUAAUAACAAAAAUUCAAAAAAGUCAAAAAAAGGUCAAAAGUAUGAUGAUGAUGAUGAUUUUAUCUUUGAUAGUGAUAGUGAAUCUGGUUAUAAACAACAACUUAACUUAGCAAUUUUACUUGGACCAAGUGGUUGUGGCAAAACUAGUGCAGUUUAUGCUGUAGCUAAUGAACUUAAUGCAAAUGUGAUAGAGUUGAAUGCUUCCUGUAACAGAAAUGGAAAACGUAUUAUAACUGAUUUAAUGGAAGCUACACAAUCGCAUGCAGUGGAGAAAAACUAUUUAUUAAAUCUUAUAAAAGGAAAAAAUAUGAAAGUCAAAAAACAUAAGAAGAAAGAAAAAGCUAAUGAUAAAAUGACAAUUAUUUUAAUUGAAGAUGCUGAUAUUUUCUUUGAAAAUUAUGAUGAUGGAUUUUUAGCUGCAAUAUCAACUUUAGCUACAGAUUCAAAAAGACCAUUAGUUUUAACAGCAAAUGACCCUUUCAGUAAUCAUUUGCUAAAAUUUGUCUUGUCCAAUGAAAUAACUCUGAAUUUUUUACAUCCACCAAAAGAACAUUUAAAUUGUUUUCUACAGUUAAUAGCGUUAAAUGAAGGAGUCAUUAUGACAAAAGACGAAAUAAAUGCAUUUAUCCAUCCAUUUAAACCUGACAUUAGACAAAGUACUCUUCAGUUACAAUAUGUUUUGAGUACUGGAGAAAUAGAUCAGAAAGUCCUAAAUCGACAAUCCCAAAUAAGUUUAAAUUCUAUUUGGUGGAAUUGGCCUCAUUUGUUUGGUUUUCAUUCGACCAGCAUCAAAGACUCCAAAGAACCGAAGUGCAAUGCUAAUAUAUCUACAAUAUCUCAAAACCUAGAUGCAAUAUCCAAAUUAAACCUAAUCUAUUCAAAAACACAGAGUUAUAAUUUCUUAGAUCCUCAACCAUUUUGGCAUCACCUUGCCAUUAGGGAUAGUUCUAGUUUAAUUGAAACCGAUCAUUGGUCAGACAGUUCUGUUCAGCUUUCUACAGAUAUCACUCAAUGGAUAUACACUCAUAUUAAUACACAAGAUUAUGUUCCAGAAAAAUUCUUCCCGACAUCUGAGGAAUUAAAUUUUCGUCAAAAGGUAUGGAACACAUCUAAGGACGUGCUAGAACAAAUAGGCUUAGAUUAUUGUAAUCGCAAAAACGAAACAGGCUAUGAUUAUUUGUCUACUAUAAGAUCUAUUUAUAAAAAUCAACAUGGAAAUCAAUCUUUUGUGAACCUGAGAAAUUCGAAAAUGUUUUCGUACUUAAGACAGAUUAACAUUGUUGUUGACAACAAAGACUUAAAAUAUUUAUGUGACUCUUUUCACUCAGAUUCCAAUAACUGUGAUCCUCAAUUGGAAAUAUCAGACCAGUUUUAGUUUAUAUAUAUAUAUAUCUGUCAGAUUAUUUCUGAAAUAUUUUUAAUAAUUUAUUUUAUAACAUAUUAUAUUAAUUCACA